UUGAUGUACCAAAUUUUUAUUCAAUUUCAAUAAUAAUUUUAUUAAUAACAUAUCGAAACCCUAACACCCAAAUUGAUCAACAUAUCAUUUUAUAAUAUUAGUUAAAUAAAAUUAAAAAAAAAUGCAACACCAACAUCAAAGAUUGAAGCAACAACAACAACAGCAGCAAGCUUUGAUGCAGCAAGCUAUUCUUCAACAACAAUCUUUAUAUCAUCCUGGCCUAUUAGCCCCUCCUCAGAUUGAGCCUAUCCCAAGUGGAAAUCUGCCUCCUGGUUUUGAUCCAAAUACAUGCCGCAGUGUGUACGUGGGAAACGUUCAUACACAAGUGACUGAACCACUUCUUCAAGAAGUUUUUGCAAGUACUGGUCCCGUUGAAGGUUGCAAACUCAUAAGAAAGGAUAAGUCAUCUUAUGGAUUCAUUCAUUACUUUGAUCGUAGAUCAGCUGCGCUUGCUAUAUUAUCUCUAAAUGGGAGGCAUUUGUUUGGACAGCCUAUUAAAGUUAAUUGGGCAUAUGCCAGUGGACAGAGGGAGGACACUUCGGGUCACUACAACAUUUUUGUUGGUGAUCUUAGCCCAGAAGUUACCGAUGCUAUGUUGUUUACAUGCUUCUCUGUUUACGCUAGUUGUUCGGAUGCAAGGGUUAUGUGGGAUCAGAAAACUGGCCGUUCGCGAGGCUUUGGGUUUGUUUCCUUUCGGAACCAACAGGAUGCUCAAAGUGCCAUAAAUGACUUAACUGGAAAGUGGCUUGGCAGCCGGCAGAUACGCUGCAAUUGGGCUACCAAAGGGGCUGGUACUAGUGAUGAAAAGCAAGCGUCUGAUUCUAAAAGUGUGGUGGAGCUUACAAAUGGAUCUUCAGAGGAUGGCAAGGAACCUGUUAAUGGUGAUGCUCCUGAGAAUAACCCACAGUAUACAACUGUUUAUGUUGGCAACCUUGCUCCAGAAGUUACUCAGCUUGAACUCCAUCGCCACUUUCAUUCUCUUGGUGCUGGAAUCAUUGAGGAAGUCCGGGUGCAGCCUGAUAAAGGUUUCGGUUUUGUGAGAUACAAUAACCAUACCGAGGCUGCUUUAGCAAUUCAAUUGGGGAACACCCAAUCCAUUCUUUAUGGCAAACAAAUUAAGUGUUCUUGGGGAAGCAAGCCGACUCCUCCAGGAACGAGCUCAAACCCGCUUCCACCACCCGCACCUGCACCAAUGCUGUCAGCUGCUGACUUGUUGGCUUACGAGAGACAACUAGCAAUAAGCAAGAUGGGAGGAGUGCAUGGGUUAAUGCAUCCUCAAGGACAACAUCCUUUUAAACAAGCAACUAUGGGUAUGGGUAUGGGUGGGGCUGGAGCAAGCCAAGCUAUAUAUGAUGGUGGUUUCCAGAGUGUUGCUGCUGCCCAACAACUCAUGUACUACCAAUGAGUGAGGUGGCGUUAUUGUGUGCGCUGUUUGUGUUGUUUUUGAGUCUUUUUAGGAGGCGUUUCGAUGUUCCUCUCUUUUCUAUUUUUCUUCUUUACCCUUACCUCCAAAUGCCCAAUGUUGUCCACUUAUAUAUUCCUUCCCAUGAGUAUGGAUACAUAUGUUGUAUUUUUAAUGUUAGUGGCAGGGGUACCUGCUUGUUUGUAUAGGUAACGAAUGAUUUUGGUUCUUUGUGCCGAGAUACAAAUACAAUGGCAGCACAAGGCCCCAUCCUCUGCCUUACCUCUGUCCUGCCUGAUUUAUCUUGUAAAAA